GUCUUGGCUGACCCAGCUCUUUCUCUAGAUAACUGAAUUCAGCUCGACCUCUCUCUCUCUCUCUCAGCCCUCCAGCCAUAGACACACAGUUAAAGGAGAGGGAUGUCACAGCUAAAAGAAAGCCAGUCCUCCUGGAUCUGCAUGAAAAACAAGCAGUGUGCGACCAUUAUUCACGCGUACGCACGGGGUAUUUACUUCUUCGACGCGCCACCCGGAUACAGAUUCGUCCAACUUUGAGCCUGUUCAACAUUUGUUACCUGCCAGCUCUCUGUUGGUGGCAAUAAUGCUUCCCAGUCCGAUCAUAACUUCUUCCACCACGCCUUUUUCUGUGAAGGACAUUCUGAAGUUAGAGUUGCAGCAACAAUCUCAGCAGCACCAGCUCCAGUUUAUCUCCUGCUUCGGUCUUUCUGGUGCGCUGCCACAACCGCGAGCGUUCCCAAACAAACCGUUCCGCUCUCAUUCACCGCCUUCCUGCAUGUUGGCAGGUAGGGACAGUCCAAGUCCAGUUAGCCCCGGGCUCUCAGAGAGCGACGAGAGGAUGUCCUACAUCAACACAGUGGAAGUACCGGACCGGUUAGCGGAGUCCAGUCUACCGGCGGAGAUGUUCAGCCACCCGGCGCAGAACCAUUCUGCAAACCUCAGGCUGCAGACCGAGCAAGAGGAUCAAGAUAGCAAGAGAGGUGUGCUGCCGGGUGAGUGUGACGAUCUCGACCCGGAGAAACCGAGCAAGCAGCAGAGGACCAGAAGGAAACCUCGCGUCCUCUUCUCCCAGGCUCAGGUGUUCGAGCUGGAGCGGCGCUUCAAGCAGCAGCGUUACCUGUCCGCCCCGGAGCGAGAGCACCUGGCGAGCUCCCUGAAACUCACCUCCACCCAGGUCAAGAUCUGGUUCCAGAACAGGAGGUACAAAUGCAAGAGGCAGCGGCAGGACAAGACUCUAGAGAUGGCAGGCCAUCACCAUCACCACCACCACCCACCACCGCCGCCCAGGAGGGUGGCUGUGCCGGUACUGGUCCGGGACGGGAGGCCUUGUCUGACCGGAUCCCAGAACUAUAACACGUCUUACACAGUUGGAACGCCAAACCCGUACAGCUACAACAGCUAUCCAGCCUACAGCUACAACAACUCGGUGUAUACUAACACUUACUCUUGUACUUAUUCUAGUUUACCUACUCUGCCGCCCAGUAAUACCACUAGUAAUGCGUUUAUGAACAUGAAUUUAGGAAAUAUUAGUGCACAGACGCCGGGCCAGGCUUCCCAAGGACCAGUGGUCACACCCUGCCAAGGAACUCUGCAGGGCAUCCGGGCAUGGUAACACGGUCUUUACGCACAGUCUCAGCUGCGAGGGAUUUCUCUGGAAUUGCUGAAUGGAUUGAAACAUAUAAGUCUGAUCAUCAAAUACAAGGAGACCACAGUUAAAACUGCAUUACAGAAAAGACAGGACUGAAACUCAAGGCAAGCUUAGGAGGAAACCCUAAAGUGUUGACUAAGAUUCAAGCCAUACAUAUUAUGUGCAUUUUUCUCUGAGCCGGUGUUUAAAUUUUUUUUAAACCUGCUGUUGCAUAGACUGUGGCAUUUAACGUUGCCAAUGAACAAGGACUGUGCGUAAUGCGGCCUGUUGUGGUACGAAAUGGAUGCAAUGCGUAAAAAAUCAAUAAAAUACAUUUUCAUGCAAACACACACGUUUCUACAAAUUGUGGAGCCCAAAGUGAAUGAACUAAUGGCCUAUCCAAUUCGAUCAACGAGGUGCAUUGCAAAAAAACAAACAAAAAAACAAACAAACAUGGACCACAGUGGCCCCGAUGCUAAAGAAUCCUUAUUAAAACGAGCGUAUUUUCGUAAAAGGACUUUUUACGCACAAGUUAUAAAGACA